CCGUUUUAGCAACGAUUGGUCACACACCACACGUGCAUCUACUUUACUAGCACGGAACGUGGUUGAAUAAGAACGUAGUAUUUAUACAGAUUUUACGGCUCACCAUGGUGCGGCCCAACAACAACCAGCUGCCGGAGAACCUGCCUCAGCUGCAGAACCUGAUCAAGAGGGACCCGGAGUCGUACAGCGAUGAGUUUCACAUCCAGUACCAACACUUUCUCAGCCUGCUGGAGGUUUUCGCUUUGAAUCCAAGUGAGGAGAACAAAUCCCUCGAUGACAUCGUCAUGUUUAUUGCCCAGGUGGCUCAGUGCUAUCCGGCAGUGUGCGAGGAGUUCCCAAAACGGCUUUCUGAUCUGCUGAGGAACUACGCCACCGUUUUGGACCCUGCCAUGAGGAAUUGUUUUGUAAAGGCUUUGAUCCUGCUGAGAAACAAGAACCUCGUGCCCGCAUUGGACAUACUGGAGUUGUUUUUUCAGCUCCUCCGAUGUCCUGACAAGAAUCUGCGCACUUUCCUGCAGACUCACAUCGUGACCGACAUAAAGAACAUGAACGCUAAGCACAAGGAUAUGAAGUUAAAUUCGAGCCUUCAAGCUUUUAUGUACUCCAUGCUUAAGGAUGCAAAUCCCAAGGCGGCUAAGAUGUCGGUUGAUAUUAUGAUUGAGCUGUACAAGAAGAACAUCUGGAACGACGCCAAGACGGUUAAUGUAAUAGCCACCGUUGGCUGCUUCUCGAAGGUGACGAAGGUGCUGGUCACAUCGCUAAAGUUCUUUCUCGGCCACGACGAAGAGGACGAAGAAGAGGACUCGGACAGCGAGAACGAGGUGGACCUCAAGGGUGCUUUAAUGGCCAAUCGCGUCAAUAAGAAAACCAAGAAGAGGACAAAACAGUUAGCGCAAAUUAAGAAGCAGGCGGUGAAGGCGCAGAAGAAGAAAAAGAAUGCGCCUGCCUUCAACUUUUCGGGCAUUCACUUGGUGCACAAUCCACAGGGUAUGGCCGAGGGCCUUUUCAAACAGUUGCAAGCCACUAAUGAGCGGUUUGAGGUUAAGCUCAUGCAUUUGGACGUGAUUUCGCGCCUGAUCGGUAUCCACGAGCUGUUUCUAUUUGGCUUUUAUCCAUACAUAACUCGCUUUCUGCAGCCCCACCAGCGCCAGGUGACCCGUGUACUCCAGUUUGCCGCUCAGGCUUCCCACGAAUUGGUCCCUGGAGACAUCAUCGAACCCAUCCUAAAGACGAUUGCCAACAACUUUAUCACUGAGCGCAACUCCAGCGACGUGAUGGCCAUUGGCCUGAAUGCCACGCGUGAGAUUUGCAUGCGCUGUCCCCUGGCCAUGGGCGAGGAUCUGCUCCAGGAUCUAGCCAUGUACAAAACCUACAAGGAGAAGUCAGUAAUGAUGGCAGCACGGUCGCUAAUUACUUUAUACCGAGAACAACUUCCAGCCCUUCUGCACAAGAAGGAUCGAGGCAGACAGACGGAAGCCCAAGCUGAACGCAAGGUUCGAGCAUACGGAGAACGCGAAGUCCAUGAUACGGUGCUGGGCGCCGAAGCUCUGCUCAAGGACUCUAAAACCAUCGAUAUUGAGAGUGAUGAGGAUACGGACUCAAACGAUGGAGAGUGGGUUAAUGUAACGCACAGCGAUGGCGAAGGAGGAGCGGCCGAUGAGGAUGACGACGAAGAGGACGAAGAUGAUGAUGAAGACGAGGAGGAUGAGGACAACAGUGACGAGGAAGAUGAGGAGGGAGAGAACUCUGAUGAGGGCGUGGAAAGUGGAGAAGAAUCCGUCAAGACGAAGAAAGAAAAAAAGGAUAUCAAAAUCCUGAGCCAGAAGGAAGCCGCUCAGGAACUGGCUCUAACGCGCAUAUUCACGGACGAGGACUUCAAGCGCAUCAAUGCGGCUAAUCUCAAGAAAACCGUGACCAGUGCCCGCAAGAGGCCACUGGAACAGGAUCGUGCAGAAUUUGUCAAGCUAAAUAGCAUCGAGAUGAUCUACAAGAAGCGCAAACACGACAAGGAGUCACGCCUGGAGACUGUGCAGGCUGGCCGGCAGGAUCGUGAGCGUUUCGGCUGGAAGGACGGACGUGUGAACGAGCACUGCUCAAAGACAAACCGCGAGAAGCGAAAGACCAAGAACUUUGGCAUGUUGCGGCACAAGGCGCGCUCUAAGGUCAAGAAGAGCUUCAAGGACAAACAGCAGGCGCUCAGGAAACAUUUACUUCACCAGAAGAAGAUGAAGUAGUAGCCGAUGUCGCCCACUACUUUGUAGUUUAAAAAAAAAAGUGCUAAAAUAAGAGCUUUUUUUUGACAAUUUGUAACCAAUAGAUUGUGUAAAAGUUAGUUUAGUAAUCUUUUUUAUUUUUUAUCAUAUAGACUUUUUACGGUUGCAUAUGCAUUAAACUAUUAAAAAAGGUA